AUGCUUAGCGUGCUGGGAGGAGCUUUGUGGGGAACUUGGUGGGCUUUGUUACUUGUUUGUUUUUGUUCUGCAAUAGGUGCUACUAUCUGUAAUUUAUUAUCAUAUUAUUUAGGCCGAGCAGUAACAGAAAGGUUCUUUUCUAAACGCAUGGAAAUCUGGAAUGAACAGUUAAAUGAUCAUAGGAAACAUCUAUUUUCAUACAUCAUUUUUCUUCGAGUAACACCAUUUUUGCCGAAUUGGUUUAUUAAUAUUGCAUCACCUCAUUUGGGGGUAAAUACUAAUGUAUUCUUUUGGGCAACUUUGCUCGGUGUGGCACCUCUGUCAUUUAUUCAUACACAAGCUGGAGAAACAAUCCAACAUUUAACAGAAGCUGAUGAAAUAUCAUUUUUUACAACCAAUAACAUCAUCGCGAUGACUUUAAUUGCUAUCGGAGCUUUGAUACCAAUCUUAGUGAGAAAAAAAUUCGGAAAAAAAGAAAAUAAAGAAAAAGAGAUG